AUGUACAAGGCAGUGCUUCCAAAUGGUUAUCCCCUUGCAAUUAAGCGGCUAUAUAAGUCUCAAUCUUUUGGGAAACAAUUCAAAUCUGAGCUAUUAACUCUGGCUAGAUUGAGACACAAUAACAUAAUUUCCCUCUUGGGUUACUAUAGAGAAAGGAAAAUGCUUCUAGUAUACCGAUAUAUAUCGAAUGGUAGCCUUUAUGGCUGGCUACAUGCUGGGAAAGACAAGAAUAAGAUCUUGGACUGGCCUUCAAGGAUUAAAAUUGCCGUUGGGAUAGCAAGAGGCCUAGCAUGUCUUCACCAUAACUGUCAUUUCUCAGUAGUCCAUCUCAGCUUGAGUUCGAAUGCUAUCUUACUUGAUCAGAAUUUUGAGGCCAAGAUAUCAAGUUUUGGAGAGGCAAUAAUAUUGAAACCUGGAGGGCUAAUGUUUGUGAACUCAAGUGAUAACCACAUGAGCAUUAGAGUUUUUUAUGGCAGUGGGGUUAGGGAGUUGGAUUAUUUCAAAAAAGAUGUCUAUGAUUUUGGUAUUCUGCUUCUUAAGCUAAUUACAGGAAAGGCACCCAUUCAAAUAAAUAAUUAUUCAAACCGUUUGGAUGGGAGUUACGUUGAUUGGAUUACUUGUCUUUUGACUUGCCCUUCUUUAAUGUGCCAUUUCAUUGACAAGACAUCUCUUAAGCCACAGAUGCAAAGUGUUAGAUCAAAUUAG